CUUUUCCCAGGCGUAGUUCCCCCAAAGGAUCCCCUCCACCUCUAAUUUCAAUCUUUCAUUCAACUCAUUUGUCCUCUUUUCCCGACCAGUGCAAAGAUAACUCAAUCUUCCACCCCCUCGAAUAUAUACUUGCUGUCGCUAUUAGCUUAAUACUAUUUAAGAUCACUGCAACAACACCGCGCAUCCCUUGCGCUAAUUGAUUCGCGGGUCAUAGACUGGAUAAACUGGAAAGGGACGGUGCGAACGCUGGAUGUACGCGAUCUGCGCCCAAAACAACGCGCUCCUAUUCUUGUUUACACCAUCCGACGCCUCCCGCCUUUCGUCAUCAACCCUUUUAACAAAGGACCUAACUCUAACGCGUUGUCGCAUCGAAUGAGACAAGAUCUGCUGCUUUAAUGCCAUAAUCAUUGAGCGCUUACAUUUCAUUGCUCAUUGCUCUUUCACUCUUUCGCUGCUACAUCGCUUCAACUUUGCUUUAACUUGCUUUCUCAAUUUAUUUCCUCGUCGCUGUCGCAAUGUUCUAUUCCGAGACAUUGCUGCAGAAGACAGGGCCUUUGGCUCGAGUCUGGCUGUCGGCAAACUUGGAGCGCAAGCUCUCAAAGACACAUAUCCUUCAGUCUAAUCUCCCCGACAGUGUCGAUGCCAUCAUCACCCCAAACCAAGCGCCCAUGGCGCUCAGACUUAGCGGUCAACUCUUGCUCGGUGUCGUCAGAAUCUACAGCCGAAAAGCCCGGUACCUAUUAGAUGAUUGCAAUGAAGCUUUGCUUAAGAUAAAGAUGGCCUUUCGCUCUACUGGAAACAAUGAUAUCCCCGAGAAUUUGAAUAUGCCGAACCGGGAAGCAUUGAUGCUUCCCGAUCGUAUCACACCUGCCGAUAACUUGAAUAUAUUACCACCGCCGGACGCUAACUGGUUACUUGGCCAAAUGGAAGAUGUUAGCGCUACCCCUGUUAGCUCAGGCACGCGGGGCCGGGGUCGACCAAGUAACCGCGAUAUCAACUUACAAGAGGACUUCAACAACAGCCAGUUCUUGUACGAUGACAAGAUGGACGAGGACAACGUUGCGCUUGCUCCGAACGACGACUUGGAAUUAGAUUUAGAUUUUGGAAUGGAUAUCGACGAGCGACCUCGAGGGGAUAAGAGCAUUGAAAUGGGUCGAGAUGCUCCUACUAUCGAAGAUGAUAUUUUUAGUGAGCUAGACAUGGCGCCGCCUGCUAAGGGUCUCGACCGGGAACCGUCGUUGAAUCUCGACUUUGGAGACGACAAUGUUAGAAUUGCGGACGGAGAUGGAGAUAUUCAGAUGGACGAUGAUUUCCAAUUUAACAUUGGUGAUCAGUCAGCGGUACCAGAAAUGGGUGGUGCCCCUGGCCUUGAACGGGCCCGCAUCUCGGAAUCUCCUCUUUCAGAUAUUGACGAGAACGUAGCACGGGAUGUGGAAGAAUGGACGCGUCUAAACAACACCAGUAUCUACGAACCAGGCCAAGAGCCCGAGGAGCCCGAACCACUUCCCCAGAAGAGGUCGAAGAAGCGUAAAGUCUUUGGGUUAGACCCGGCUACUCAACUUACCAGUGCCCAUAUCAAAGAGCAACAACAAAACCACGAAAAUAUUCUCAAACUGCCUACCUUCAUCUCACGAGAUCCGUAUUUCCUAGCUCUAGUCGAGCUAAAGAACAGCGGCAGCUUCGUCUCUAGCAUUAUGGGCGACGGCCGUAGUAAAGCCUGGGCCCCGGAGUUGAGAGGGUUACUGUCGCUUGAUUCUAUUAGACCAGUCAACGACCUGAAGCGCAAGCGUGAUAGCGGGAUUGCUGACGUGGGCGAGGAAGAGGAGCAGGGUGCAUCUAAAUCACCUCGUUUAGAAUUAGGCGAUGAUGACGAUAGAUUAGUCAUUCCCGAUGCAGGAUUAGGCGACCGAAGUGUAGCUCCCGAUGGUACUAUCCUUGAAAUCCCUGCGGAUGAAACCGUCAUACAACACGACGAGGACGAUGAUCACCAACCCCGCGAAGGAAGCCCGAUGCCAGCAUUUGACGAGACCACAGCUCCUUUGGUACACCCCGCUGAUAGCGGCCCUGUUUCUAUGGGCACAAAACAUGCAGUUCACGUUCUUCGAGAUUUAUUUGGCAACGAAGCUGCUACUAGCGACGAGAAGAGAAAGAAGUCGGUGGUAUUCCAAGACCUCCUUCCCGAAACAAGAACCACCAAAGCAGACGCCACCAAGAUGUUCUUCGAAUGUUUAGUGCUGGCGACCAAGGAUGCUAUAAAGGUUGAGCAGAAGGAGGGCGCUCUUGGUGGCCCUAUCAGAGUGCGAGGAAAGCGUGGUCUCUGGGGUGCCUGGGCUGAGACAGAAGCCGGUGGAGAGAUUGCCAACCAAGAACAAGUACCGGAACCCGAUCAACCCGAACCUGCCAUUGCAACUCCUUCUCGAGUUGUGGCUGCUGCGGCAUAAUUGUCUAUUCCUGGGUUUACUGCUGGGUAAUUGGAUGAUUGCAAUGGCAAGACGAAGUAAUGGUUCAUGUAUAAACUUCUCUGCACUUGUUGGGAUAUUCCCGAGGGUUCUGAUCACAUGGUCUAAUGGCGUCACGGCGUACAGGGGUAUGGAAGGCAGGGAGAUACCAUCAGCUGCGGGUAUAUUGGUCGUCAAAAUCAUGAUAGGGUGUUUCUUCUAUUCCGUUUCGUUUGGUCAAGACAGGGUAAUUGCAUUCGUAUCAUCAUCUAGGGUUAAGAUGAUAGUUGAGGAGCAGAAGCUAGCAGGAGUGGCAUUGCGAUUUGAUAAUACAUCGUGCGAGCCUGUUCUCGAAAGAAUUCAUAAAAAUACAUUUUACAACACGA